AUGGUCGUUCGCAGUAUGGCCCUGUACGGCGCACCGAUAUGGGCAGAAGCCCUGGACGCGCCAAACAGGGCCCUCCUCCGCAGGCCGCAGCGCAUCGUUGCGGUGCGCGCAUGCAUGGCCUACCGCACGGUGGGCCACGCAGCGGCCUGCGCUUUGGCCGGCACUCCCCCGUGGGAGAUAGAAGCGGGUGUGCUGGCCGAAGCGUACCGGGAGCGGGCCGAGCAAAGAGCUCGGGGCGAAGCCCCGGCUCCAGGGGAGGUCGCCCGCUCCCGGGCGAGGAGAAAGCGAACGACCAUGGAGCUGUGGGCUGCUGGCCUAGCGGACGCCAAAUACGGCGCUCGCACCAUAGAGGCCAUACGCCCACGGCUCUCGGACUGGUGCGGGAGGCGCCACGGUGCAAUAACAUACAGAAUUUCCCAAAUACUUACAGGUCACGGGUGCUUCGCGCGAUACCUUCAUCGCAUCAGAAGAGAGGAGACGACGUCGUGCCACGAGUGCGGCGCUGAUGAGGACACCGCGCAACACACCCUUCAGGUUUGUACAGCGUGGUCCGAAGAGCGCCGCACUCUGGUGGCGGCAAUUGGUGAUGACCUCUCACUCCCAGGCGUAAUUCGCGCCAUGCUGGGCAGUGAGGGGUCAUGGGAGGCAGUUUCCUCCUUCUGCGAAAUUACUAUUUCGCAGAAGGAGGAAACGGAAAGGGAGCGAGAGCGCGAGGAUAACCCCCUCGCGCCCCCGCUCAGACGCAGGAGAGUGGGAAGAAGGAGGCGGGAUUUCGCCGCCGUACUUCUUCCCACAAAACCAUGCGUGAGGAGGAGGCCCCUUCAGGGCGAUAACGCAGGUGGGGCCACGGAAGAAAGCUAA